GCCACGGGCAGCAUUGGUGGCAGCACGUCCCACGAGUUCCAGCUGCCGGCGGACAUCGGCGAGGACAGGCUGCUGCUGUGCCCUCAGGGGCACUUCGCGGCCAACGUGGAGACGCUAAACACGGAGCAAACCUCGUGUCCCGAGUGCGGGGAGAAGCUCAGCGAGACCAAAGGCAUCGAGGUGGGGCACACGUUUUACCUGGGCACCAAGUACUCCUCGGUCGCCAACGCCGUGUUCUCCUCAGCCGAGAACAGGCCGCAGCUGGCAGAAAUGGGCUGCUACGGCCUGGGCGUCACCCGCAUCCUGGCGGCCUCCAUCGAGGUACUCUCCAGCGAGGACAGCAUCCGCUGGCCCAGCCUCAUUGCGCCCUACCAGCUGUGCUUCAUCCCCCCCAAGAGGGGCAGCAGGGAGGAGGAGGAGGGAGCGGCGCUGCUGGAGCAGGUGUACGAUGAGCUGGCCCAGGCGCUGCCCCAGCUCGCUGGUGACGCAGUACUGGACGACCGGAGCCAGCUGACCAUCGGCAAGAGGCUGAAGGAUGCCCAGAGGCUGGGCUACCCCUACGUGGUGGUGGCUGGGAAGAGGGUCUGCGAGGACCCCCCGGUCUUUGAGGUUUGGGAUCAGAAUGCCGGCAAGGUUUUGUUCCUCACCAAGGAAGGGGUCAUAGAGCUGCUGAGUAAAGUACAAGUGCCUUGAAUGGCUCCUCUCUGAAUCCAUCAUGUCUGCUGCAGUGAGUUCAUCUGAGCAGCCCUGGUGAUGGCUCUGGGUGAGCAGAGGCAAAUCCAGCUCGUGUCAGAGUCAGCCACGGUGUCCUGCAGGUGCGCCAGGUGCUGAGGUUGAGCUGGAAUCAGCACACAUUCCACCACAGGGCUGAGGAUGUUCCUCCCUCUGGGUACAGGUUCCUGGAAGCUGCUUUUUCCAGCACUUGUAGCCUCAUGUGGCUGUGGGAGCACUGGCAGGGCCGUCUCCUCACUGCCUGGCAGGGACAGACUGGCCAUGGCCUCUGUCAGGACAACAGGACAGCCAAAACUGCACAGGGGGACAAGAGGACUCCCCUCACUGCCACGUUCUCAGCAUGAAGGAUUCUAAGAGAGACAAAGGAAGGCAACUUUCUUCUGUUUGCAUCUCUUUGGGAACACCCAGGGCCCGUGAGGGUGGAAGAUUGCCCUGGCAGGGCUCCUGUGAGGAACUGCUUGGUGCCAUCCCAGCAGCACUGACAGGAGGGACAGGGAGCUGCUUGCAAGGGUCACCUCACCCUGUGCCACAGCUCCUUGGUCUGAGAUCUAGAGAUCAUGAGCAACACUGUAAUAAAAUCACAGAAUCAUUUAGCUUGGAAAA